GUUCCCUACCGUUUGCUUCUUUUCGCAUUUUCGUCAUUUUUUUGGAGCAGAGUUAGUUCCACAACUAGAGCUAACCGUAGCUCACAUUAAGCUUGAUCUCAUCCCAUCCCAUCCCAUCCCAUCGCAUCUCCAUCUCCCCAGUCCCGUCUUCAUCUGUGCGAUCAUUCCUUCAUUUCCCAACUCAAUCAACCCCAAAACCUUCCGCCCGCUUUCAUUCUCAUUUCUCAGCCCAGUGCAACAUCCGCCCUAGACACCCACAACAAGCCAGACGACUCGUUCCAUCAUCCCGCAUUCGCAAUCGCAUUCGCGUCAAUCGUCGCGCGCAAUCCCACCAUGUCGACCGACUACUCCUCCCUCAAGGUCCCAGAGCUCAAGAAGCUGCUCCAGGAAAAGUCGCUUCCAGUCGCUGGUAACAAGGCAGACUUGAUCGCCCGCCUGCAGGAGCAUGACAAUGCUCAAGCACCUGCCGCUGCCGAGCCAGCUGCCAAGACAACCGCCGACGACGAGAUCGAUUGGGAUGAUGACGAUCCAGCUACCACAACUGCACCAGCAGCCAAGCCCGCCGAGCCAGCCGCGCCUGCAGAGUCUGCUCCGGCACCAGCUGCAGAGGAGCCGAAGCCCUCCGCCCCGGCCGCAGCGGCCACAGGGCCCGCCGAGGAUGCCCCUGCAGCAGAAGUGACGGCCGCGACGGAAGCUCAAGAGGCACAAGAACCAGCAGCCCCCAAGCCCGACUUCUCUGCUCACCUCGCCGAGUCUAACGCAGAGGUGGAGGCCCGCAAGCGCGCCGAGCGUGCCAAGCGCUUCGGCAUCGUGGUGGACGAGAACGAAGAGGAGAAGAAGAAGACAGAGCGCGCCAAGAAGUUCGGCAUCGAAAACGACGGCGCCCCUGCUGUCGUCAAGGGUCUCGACUCGGCUCUGCCCGAGCGCAGGGAGAGGAAGCGCGGCAGACAGGGCGGCGAUGCAGGCGGCGAACAACAGCGUGAUGCGAAGAGGCAGAGCACAAAUGGUAGAAAUGCAGGUGGCAGACCCGGUGGACGUGGUGGCCGAGAUGGACGCGAUGGACGCGAUGGACGCGAUGGACGUGAUGGACGCGACGGCCGGGAUAACCGUCGCCAAGGCGGCAGGAACGGUGGUGGUGCUGGUGGUAGAGGCGAGGGCAGACAAAAUGGUGGUGGUGCGCAGAAGGCAAACAUCUUGCAAGAUCCGUCCGAGAAGGCCAAGGCAGAAGCUCGAGCAAAGCGAUUCGGCGCUUAGGUGGCGGACAGAAUCUACUAAGCUCCAAGUCGAGAAGCAACGAGCAGGAGACUGAGCACGAGUUUUGCUUGAAUUGUAUUAAUAUGGCGUCACUCUGGGUCAGGGCGGUAUCAUGAUGACAUUUUGGGGGAAAGGGUUUCCGCUAGCAAUAUGGACAUGAAUAAACCGGCUGAGAUUGGAUAUAUACUUCGGAGAAGUGAAGAAUUGGUUGCGGCAGCACAUCAUACCAACGCUGCGCCGUGCAGUCGUCAUCAGACCAGUCCUUGCCCGAAGGUGGUUCUACAACCUCGAUUUCAUAAUACGUUCCUGAUGACAACCAAAAUAUAAUACAGCAUAGGUGCUUAGGCUUUGGCGUUGCAACCGACGAAACAUGUGGCGUGGCACAUCCCAAGUAUAGCUAGGUUGGUGGCGAUAUUUACUCCAUCAUACAUUUGGACUGUUCUUUUUA